AUGGAGUGGACAAAGGCUACCUAUAACGAGCAGUACGAGAAGUGGGUUCCUUGGAUGGAGGACAUCUAUCUUCGCUGGUUCACCAAGGAUAACAAGACAAGCUAUGCGGCCAAGCAAAACCUCGACAAGACCAAAGUCACAGGCGUCGAACAAGUCGAUACUCUCCAAGACGGCGUCCAUAACCUCGCUGCCGGUCAAGUCGGCCAAGGAGGACUUCUCCAACCCGUCGGCGACCUCGCAUCAAAGGAGGGCGUGAACCGAGCUGAGCGACAAGGUCGUGAUGAGAACGGCGGAUACGUCAACAAGGAUGUUCCAGGAUCUGGAGCCAUGAACAGCACAGCGAAUGCUGUUGUAGGUGGUGGACAGGGUGCUGCCCAGGGGCUACAAGAUGUUGGAAAGGGCGUUGGUAACACCGUUGGCGGACUCUUGGGUGGCAAGAAGGAGUAA